GAGACUACACAUAUAAGGGGUGGCUAAGCCAAAGCCUUGAUUGUAGUUAGCCACUGCAAGUACUACAUGUAUAUAGAUCUACAGUCAUGGAUGGAUCACAGUUUCUACUGAACUGUACUGAUCUGAACGUCACUCAGCUGAAGACUAUCAACACAGCUAGAAGCCUGGCUGGAGCCGUGUGCACUCUCUCAGUUUUCUCUAUCCUAAUCUACACACUCAUCAGAAAGGCUUUCUACACAGUGCUUCAAAGACUGUUCAUCUACCUUGUCCUGGCUACAAUUCUACAAGAGGCAUUAAUUGCUGUUAGUUUCGAGCAUCAAUUUCAGUAUCCAGGGCAAGACGAAUUAUGCACAGCAUACGGUUUUAUUAUACAGUGGUCUGGUGUGGUCAUGUUCAACUUUGCUUUGGGCAUAAUGCUAUACUUACUGUAUCUUGUGUACGCCCAAGUUCGAAGAGAGCUGUUUGCAAGACUAACUAAGUCAUACAAAGCAAAGAAAAUUAUCGAGUGCACCUACGUUUUGUUUAUUCUGCUAUUCCCACUUACUUAUCUAUGGAUACCAUUCCUACAUGACAACUAUGGACUGUCAGGCGCAUCUUGUUGGAUGAGAGCACUGGACGACAAUUGUACUAAUGUGGGCCUGGUAGAUCAGUUAGUUUUUGCUUACGGAGCGUACGAAGGAGUGGGGCUAGUUGCUAUUUUUGUGACCCUUACAAUUUCAAUAGUCUAUUGCAGAGUGGCAUACGCUUACCCGGAUGCUAAACGAUUGAUAAGACGGACCCUAUCUUUGACUGGUUUCUUAAUUGCUUAUGUUGUGGUGAUAAGCAUUCCAUUGGCUAUUCGUUUGAACACUGGAAUAACAGGGUCAAGACAACAUUUCAUAUUGUGGAUCACAUGGGCAAUCGCAAUACCAAUUAGUCACACAAUUUUUAUCUUUGGUUUUCUGUUCAGCUUUUACACCAGAGCAAUUUGUGGAUGCAAAAAAACAAAAAUGAACACAACUCUUUGUGGAUGCCUAGAAAGAGGCAGCUCAUCAAAAGCAAGGACAAACAUACUGACAAUUGAUGCCACAAUAAAACCAUCAGAGCGUGUUUCAUUUCCUAGUGAUACUUAUUUCAGUGUCCCGUACACAGGUGGAUUUACAGAUGUUGAGAACAAUCCACUCGUGCUCAAAACGGACAAGGACAAGGACACAGGAUAUAGUACAUGUAGUAACACAGACAACAAUGCUUUAUUAACUUGAUUAAUUACCUAAUUAGGCUAACUAUUAUGAGAGCAUUAUUGUAGAUAAUGUGAAAAUUUUUAAA